AUGGCGUCCGCCAAGCUCGUCGCGCCCGUCGUGGCAGUGUGCGCGUUGAUCACAGUGCUGCUCGUGGCAGCGCCAUGGCAUGUGCAGAGCGCUGCGAUUGCCUCUGAAGGUGGCGACGCCUUGUCCGGAAACGAAUUCCCCUCGGACAUCAACCGAGGCCGCGUUCUCAAGCACAAGAGCUCCGAUUCAAGCACCUCCGAUACAAGCAGUUCCGGCUCUACUAGCAGCUCGGGCUCUAGCAGCAAGAAGUCGAAGAAGAGCGACUCGACUUCGUCAGGCUCGUCCCCCUCCCCGUCUCCCGCGAAGAAGUCGAAGAAGGGCUCUAGCGCGCCGGCCACCUCCCCCCCUCCUCCUACCAAGUUGGGGAAGAAGGGUAAGAGCUCCGACGUUCCCGCCUCUCCCCCUCCGCCAACCACCACUGGAAAGAAGGGGAAGAAGGGGGGAAGCGGUUCCACUCCCGCCACUCCCCCGCCGACUACCACCGGAAAGAAGGGCGGACACAAGAACUGGACCGCCCCUGCCACCCCCACCCCUGCCGUGCCCGCGCCUGCUACGAGCGGAAAGAAGGGCGGAAAGAAGGGCGCCAACUCCGGCGCUGGCGCUGGCGGGUCGGCGCCCGUGGUGGUGAGCAAGGCGGACCUGAAGACCCAGGCGUCCCUCAAGACGGCCGCCGGCGGCGUUCAGAAGGCGGCGGACACGCUGGGCGCGAAGCACAAGUACUACGCGAGCCUGACGGCGACGGUGCAGGCGCUGACGAACGCGGGCAUUCUGAUCGACGAGGGGCAGCGCACGCUCGUGCAGGGGCAGAUCACCAACGCCGUCUCCACCAUCGACGGCGUCUCCGUUAUGCUCGACCCCGUUAACGAUAAGAAGGUGCUCUCGCAGCUCGCGUCCGCUAAGACCACCGCGGAGGAUGCGUCGAAGGCCUUCAAGCCGUAG